ACCCGAAUCCGGAACCCGCUUAAGAGCCUUUCUCUCGAACAUCUCGGCGGCGUGCGAACAAACGAGAUCGAAACCCGCCCCAUCGUAUCAUCUAAGAAUAUCCUCUCUGCGGCAUUUCAUCGAACACCUCGCGAGCUUGCGAGCGCCGAGAAGAAGCUCGGCCAUGAAGUUCCAGAUCGAGGACAUGGCCAGAUGCUUCUAGAUUACCUUAUCUGCGGCAUUUCAUCGAACACCUCACAGCCGUGAAGAAUCUCAGCUUCUAGAGCACCUUCUUUGAGUCAUUUGCGAGCGAAAGGGAUCGAGAUCCGAGAAGAACCGCAGCCAUGAAGUUCCAGAUCGAGGACGUGACGGUGUACUUCCCCUACGACCACAUCUAUCCGGAGCAAUACCAGUACAUGCUUGAGCUCAAGCGUGCGCUCGAUGCGCGCGGCCACUGCCUCCUUGAGAUGCCUACUGGCACCGGCAAGACCGCUGCGCUGCUAUCUCUUAUCACCAGCUACUCCCUCGCCCACCCAUCCAAUCCCCUCAAGCUCCUUUACUGCACGCGCACUGUCCAUGAGAUGGAGAAAACCCUCGCCGAGCUCCGCCGCCUCCUCCCUUAUCUUCCUCCUCAAACGCGACUCCUUGCUCUUGGUCUCUCCUCUCGCAAGAACCUAUGUGUCAACCCUGCUGCCCUGUCUUCGCCUUCCCGUGACUCCGUGGACUCCGCAUGUCGCCGUCUCACUGCUUCCUGGGUCCGCUCCCUCGCUGCUGAGCGCCCACCUGGUGCUAUUGAGACGUGUUCUUUCUUUGAGGCAUUUGAUCAAGCGGCUUCCGGGGGGCCCGACGCGGUGAUGCUGCCGCCAGGGGUUUACACCCUGCAGGAUCUGAGGGCGAUUGGGAGAGAAAAAGGGUGGUGCCCCUACUUCCUUGCCAGGCAGUUGAUCAGGUACGCUAAUGUGGUCGUUUAUAGCUACCAAUAUUUGCUGGAUCCGAAGGUGGCCGGGGUGAUCUCCAGGGAGAUGCAGAGAGAGUGUGUGGUGGUCUUCGAUGAGGCGCACAAUAUUGACAAUGUGUGCAUCGAGGCGUUGAGUGUGAGUGUGAGGAAGCAGACAUUGGAUGGGGCAACAAGGAAUUUGAAUCGAAUUUCGCAGGAGAUUGAUAGGUUCAAGGCCACAGAUGCUGGCAAAUUGCGUGCAGAAUAUAACCGGCUUGUUGAGGGCUUGGCUCAAAGGGGAAACCUGCCAAUGACGGAUUCAUGGCUUGCAAACCCGGCUUUGCCUGAUGAUAUUUUGAAGGAAGCUGUACCUGGCAAUAUACGAAAAGCGGAGCAUUUCUUGUCAGUGUUGCGUAGACUGGUGCAGUAUUUGAAGGGACGGUUGCAGACUGAGCAUGUUGAAACAGAAGUGCCAGUUGCCUUUGUUGCUUCAGUGAAUUCCCAUGCUGGCAUUGAUCAGAAGAUGCUGAAGUUCUGCUAUGAUCGCUUGCACUCUCUCAUGCUCACACUCGAAAUAACAGACACUGAUGAUUUUUUGCACAUCCAAACUAUAUGCGACUUUGCAACUCUGGUCAGUACAUACACACGAGGUUUUUCUAUAAUAAUUGAGCCAUUUGAUGAAAGAAUGCCUCAUAUACCAGAUCCAGUAUUGCAGCUAAGUUGUCAUGAUGCCUCGCUUGCCAUUAAUCCUGUAUUUGAUCGCUUCCAGUCAGUUGUGAUAACAUCUGGAACUCUAAGCCCAAUUGAUCUCUAUCCCCGGCUUCUGAAUUUCAAUCCAGUCAUCAGCCGGAGUUUUACAAUGUCUUUGACAAGAGAAUGCAUUUGCCCAAUGGUUCUGACUCGUGGAAGUGAUCAGCUGCCUGUAAGUACAAAGUUUGAUAUGAGGAGUGAUCCUGGUGUUGUGAGGAAUUAUGGACGGCUCUUGCUGGAAAUGGUUGCUGCUAUUCCAGACGGCAUUGUUUGUUUCUUUGUUAGUUACUCCUACAUGGAUGGCAUUGUCAAUAGCUGGAAUGAAAUGGGCAUUUUGCAGGAUGUUAUGCAGCAUAAGCUAGUUUUUAUUGAAACUCAGGAUGUAGUUGAAACUACCUUGGCCCUAGAUAACUAUCGGAAAGCAUGCGAUUGUGGGAGAGGUGCUGUCUUUUUUUCUGUUGCCAGGGGAAAGGUAGCUGAAGGUAUAGAUUUUGAUCGACACUAUGGAAGACUAGUUAUAAUGUUUGGGGUUCCUUUCCAAUACACACUAAGCAGGAUACUUUUGGCCAGGUUAGAAUAUUUACGAGAUACUUUUCAAAUUAAGGAGGGUGAUUUCCUGACAUUUGAUGCAUUGAGGCAAGCUGCACAAUGUGUUGGCAGGGUUAUUCGAUCAAAGGCUGAUUAUGGAAUGAUGAUAUUUGCUGACAAAAGAUAUAGCCGACACGACAAACGUUCUAAAUUACCCGGGUGGAUAUUGUCACAUUUACGUGAUGCCCACCUGAACCUCAGUACAGACAUGGCAUUACACAUAGCCCGCGAGUUCCUUAGGAGAAUGGCCCAACCGUAUGAUAAAACUGGUGGUACUGGCAAAAAGACAUUGUUAUCACAAGAAGAUCUGGAGAAUUUGACAGACGCCACUCUUGAGAUGUUUUGAGACUUUUUGACCGUCCAACACUAAUGGAAAGUUUUUUUAACUUAUGAUAUCGAAGUCUUGUGCUUGUACAUUCUUUUUGAUGAAUCAGAGAAACAGCAUAGUUGUUCCUUUUUAUCAAAUGGAUUACAGUAAACAAAUUUAUUGAAAAAAAUUACUUGCAGGUCUCUAGAAAACUUAGUAAUCGUGAAUUUAUCCUCAUUCAA